GAAGCGUGGCAUGCGCGGCGAGGACAGUGUUGGGAACGCGCAUCGGAGGCUUGCUGACGUCACUGAAGCGCCUUGGCUUGCUCUCGUGAACUGCUGGCAAAAAAGAUGGCAAAAUUUGAUAGACAACUGUCGAGCGACUAGCAUCUGAAAUUUAUUUAUUUUGCAAUCGAAUGCCUAUUGUGUAAUUGUUUGGGGAAGCGAGGCUGAUUUUCGAUGGUAGCAGACGACAAAAAAGCUAGUUUAUUGCAGACGUUUUAAGCACUGGCUAUUGUGUUAGUAGCGAGGGGGAAAAGGAGAGCUUCUGCUGGCUUGUCCACGUACAUGGAAGACAUCAACCUAUGUCAUAUUGAACGUUGGUUGACGGGAAUGACAGAUCGACAUCACAUUUAGCAACGGUGGAUGUGUCAGCUCCUGUUGGGAACAGGAUAUCUGUGUAUGUCGCCUAUCAGUGAAAGUGGAGAGACUUCUUUCAUCAUGAACAUUGUGCCUUCUGCCUCUAACUGAGCAACCACAAGCACAAAUCAGUGUGAUCGUUAGCUUGCAUCUGAGCUUACCCACCCUACUUUUGCCGCUUGCCUUGAGUCUUCAGCUCAGAACAUGUAUGGUAGCGCCCGCUCGGUCGGCAGAGGGGAUGCCAACCAUAGUGGAGGCAGGGAUGCAGGCGGGGGCACUAAUCAGGGAUCGGGUCGCUCCCCUCGCCUCCCUCGCUCCCCCCGCAUGGGCCACCGUCGCACUAACAGCACCGGGGGCAGCGGAGGAGGUCCCGGUGGCGCGGGAGGCAAGACGCUCUCGAUGGAGAACAUCCAGUCCCUCAACGCAGCAUAUGCCACCUCGGGACCGAUGUACCUGAGCGACAAUGAGGUGGCUGUGGGGGAGCAUCUCCCCAAAAGUGCAGGCGGGGCUGUGACCACCAUGGGGCGGCAGCGGGUGACCUACGGAUCAAGGAGCAGCGGUGGCGUGGUGGCAGCGAGCACACCCAACAUCUCCACCUCGGUGCCUUCGAGCACAGUGCUGCCUGCGGGCCUUAUGGCGGGCGACGCUUUGGCUUUUGGGGACCACCACAUGGCGUCCACGGUACCCCAUUCUUUACGGCAGGCGAGGGACAACACCAUACUGGACCUUCAGGCCCAACUCAAAGAGGUUCUGCGGGAAAACGAAUUGUUGCGGCGGGAAGUGGAAGUCAAAGAGAGCAAGCUGAGCUCGUCCAUGAAUUCCAUCAAAACAUUUUGGAGUCCAGAGCUGAAAAAGGAGCGAGCGCUCCGCAAAGAUGAGGUGUCGAAGAUCUGUGUGUGGAAGGAACAAUACCGUGUGAUUCAAGACGAAUCUCAGCACCUCCAGAUGACCGUGCAGGCGCUCCAGGAUGAGCUAAGGAUCCAGCGGGAUCUAAACCAGCUGCUGCAGCAAGACCCCGCCAGCCAAGGCCGGGAUCUGGCCCUGGCGUCGGAACCGACCGAAGAGAACUUUAGGCGGCUGCAUUGUGAACACGACAGGCAGGCCAAGGAACUCUUUCUUCUUAGGAAAACUUUGGAGGAGAUGGAGAUGAGAAUUGAGACGCAGAAGCAAACUCUUGGGGCCCGAGAUGAAUCCAUCAAGAAACUAUUGGAGAUGUUGCAAAGCAAAGGUCCAUCUGCUAAGGCAUCAGAGGAGGACCAGGAGCGCACCAGGAGGCUGGCUGAUGCAGAGAUGCACUGGCAUCACCUGGAAAGUUUACUAGAUCAGAGAGAGCGAGAGAUAACUGCGUUGAGAGAAGAGCUGCAUCGCAGAUAUGAGGGCACACCAGAGUCCACCAAAACAAAGGCUUUACAGACAGUCAUUGACAUGAAGGAUGCAAAGAUCAACUCAAUGGAACGAAGCCUGAGGGACAUGGAGGAGGAGCUGCUCAUGAUGAAGUCAAAUGGGCUUCUGAGCUGUGAGGAGCGACAGGAGGAGAUGAAGCAAAUGGAGGUCUACCGCAGCCACACCAAGUUCAUGAAGAGCAAGAUGGACCAGGUGAAGCAAGACCUCUCCCGGAAGGACACCGAGCUGCUCGGCCUGCAGACAAAGUUGGAGACGCUCACUAACCAGUUUUCAGACAGCAAACAGCACAUUGAGGUCCUCAAGGAGUCUCUUACUGCCAAGGAACAGAGGGCCGCCAUUUUACAGACAGAGGUGGAUGCCUUGCGUCUGCGCUUGGAAGAGAAGGAGGCCACUUUGAAUAAAAAGAGCAAGCAGAUCCAAGAAAUGUCCGAAGAGAAAGGCACGCUUAGUGGAGAGAUCCAUGACCUCAAGGACAUGCUUGAGGUGAAGGAGCGCAAAGUCAACGUGCUUCAGAAAAAGAUUGAGAACUUGCAGGAGCAGCUGAGGGACAAGGAGAAGCAGAUGAGCAACCUAAAGGAGAGAGUCAAGUCUUUGCAGGCUGACACGUCCAACACAGACACUGCCCUCACUACGCUGGAGGAGUCUCUCGCUGAAAAGGAACGAAUCAUAGAGCGAUUAAAGGAGCAGCGAGAUAGAGACGACCGAGAGAAGACUGAAGAGCUGGACUCCAACAAGAAGGAGCUGAAAGAGUUGAAGGAGAGGCUGAGUUUACUGCAGGGAGACCUGUCAGACAGGGAGACGUCUCUGCUGGACCUGAAAGAGCACGCGUCAUCGCUGGCCUCCUCCGGCCUGAAGAAAGACUCCAAACUAAAAAGUCUGGAGAUCGCCCUCGAGCAGAAGAGGGAGGAGUGUCUCAAACUAGAUAACCACCUUAAGAGGGCUCAGAAUGCAACUCUUGAAGCUCAGGCCAACACCGAGCUGGCGGAGCGUAUUAAGAGCCUGAAACAGGAAGUGGCCCGCCACAAAGAGGAUUCUGGGAAAGCACAAGCCGAGGUGGACCGCCUGCUGGAGAUCCUCCGGGAAAUGGAAAAUGAGAAAAAUGACAAAGACAAGAAGAUCAACGAGCUGGAGGGUUUGGCCUCCAGGCAGAUGAAAGAUCAGACAAAGAAGGUGGCAUCUCUGAAGCACAAAGAGCAAGUGGAAAAAAGCAAGAAUGCCCGACUGAUGGACGAGGCUAAGAAGCGUGAGGACAACAUGUCUGAGAGCUCACUGCAGGUGAAGGACUCUUUGCGUCAGAAGUCGGAGCGCAUCGAGGAGCUGGAGGAGGCCUUGAGAGAGAGCGUGCAGAUCACCGCCGAGCGAGAGAUGGUGCUUGCUCAGGAGGAGGCUGCCAGGUCCCUGCAGGAGAAACAGAAGUACUCUCUCAAUGCAAUGCAUGAGUCCAACCUCGCCCACUUAAAGUGGUCUAAGAUGGAGGAACUGCUUGGAGCCAUGGAGAAAGUGAAGCAGGAGCUAGAAUCCAUGCGGGCCAAACUCUCCUCUACCCAGCAGUCUCUGUGCGAAAAGGAGGCUCAUCUCACCACCCUGAGAGCCGAACGCAGGAAGCAUCUGGAGGAAGUGCUGGAAAUGAAGCAAGAGGCGCUGCUGGCGGCCAUUAGUGAGAAGGAUGCAAACAUUGCUCUGCUGGAGUUGUCCUCCUCCAAGAAAAAGAAGACUCAGGAUGAAGUGUCUUUGUUGAAACGAGAGAAAGAUCGACUGGUGCAACAACUCAAGCAGCAGACGCAGAACCGCAUGAAGUUGAUGGCAGACAACUAUGAGGACGAACAUCUAAAGACAGCCCCUGACCAUACAAACCACAGGCCCUCCCCAGACCAGAUGAUAACCCCUGUUGUAGCCCUGUGCCAGAACCGCAGCAAGCUCAAGCUCUACAUAGCCCACUUGACCGACCUCUGCUACGACCGCGAUCCGAGCAUCCUCAGCCAGCUCACGCCGCCCGCCCACUAUCACCGCAGCGACCCGGACGACUGGGAGGAGGAGCUCCUGAAGAUGACGACGGAACAGUUGGAGAAGGAGCUAGAGCUAUGCGAAAAGGAAAGCGGUGAGCUGCAGGAGUACGCCAACUGCGUCCUGCAGCAGAUUGCCGACUGCUGCCCUGACAUCUUGGAGCAGGUUGUCAAUGCGCUGGAGGAGUCGUGCUGACCCACGGGAGCAGCCCAGGUUUGCUCGGACCCCAUUUCAUCUCCAGCUUUUGACAAGGCCCUCCCCACGGGGUUAUAAUAACUACCAAAACUCGCCUGAAAGUGCUUUCCUGUCCCAUUUUGACACCAUUUGAUUCCUAUAUUGACAUUUAACCAGCUGUGUUAAGACACAAGUGAAAAAAACAGCACAAUAUUUAACAUAACGCAACAUUAUUGCACACUUUGAGAGUACAGUGGAACUUCACAGCCCACACUUGAAUAAUCACAAGUCGGGUGUUAUGAAAAUCCAAACAGAAAAGAACUAGCAAGGUUCUAUCUAAUAAGGUACUCUGAGGUCUCGUGCACACAAAGGUGAUUCUAAAUCAAAACUUAACUAAUUUCUGAUGUGGGAUUUCCCCCAAAGUUGUAAUGGAAUUCCAAAUUGGUUUUCUUUUGUAGAGGUUCCACUGUAUUGAAAUCUCAUACUUGAGCACAAAGUCUGAAGGUUUACUGCUGGCGUUCCUCUCUGUGGCUGGAGGCAUUCGCAGUGGAAUCAGGCACAGUUCUGUCACAUGUUGAGUCUUUAACGGAAAAGGGCUUCAUUAGUUGUUCACGUGGGGAAGGAAAGCACUCGGGCUCGGUGGGGUGCUGGGGACCACGCCAGUCUGAAUUCCCUCCCUUAUGGACUGCAAGCUACUGGUGGGAACAUAGUUUCAUCUCUGAGCUACGGAUCUUUGGGAUCUUUUGUUACUUGCCUGGCUCAGGUGCCAGGGGUCUUGCUCUGUAGUCCUUUUAAAGGAGACAUAUUACGAAAGAAUAUUAUGACCCCUCAUUGUUAGGGAAUGCAAGGAAAUGGGGCAGCUUCUCAAUUUUGCCAAUUUAGCAACUUUGUGACUAGAUUAGGGACAAUUUGAAAUGCCCCUUUUUUUUUGUAGUAGUAGUAUUUAGAAGGACAGGAAAUUACAAUUUGAAUUUUAAUCAAGUAAAAAAACAAAAAUGAUAGUACGUUAUGUUUUGGUUGGGGCUGGAACAAAUUAUUGGAAUUUCAAUUCAUUUCAGUGGGGAAACUUGAUUUGAUAGUCAGAUGAGUUCCAAGCUUGGUCCCGGAACAAAUUAAACUUGUAAUUAAACUUGUAAGUCAAGGUUCCACUUGUAAGUCAAGGUUCCACUGCAUUUCUUUACAUGACACUAAAAAGCCAAUUCUCAUAAUUUGUCUCCUUUAAUAAUAUAGACGAGAGAGACUGAGAGAGGGGCGUUUUUAAACUUUUAUUCUGUCAAUGGUUUUGCACAUUGGGUUCACUUGUUAUGAGGUAUGCAAUGUUUCUUUGGAGAACGUUCUAGUGGCCUUGAAGCAUGUACGGGAGGUUGGGGGUGGGUGAGACAGUAGCCGACCUAACCCGGGGAUGUUUUUUUCCUCCCCUGUACUAUUGGUGCUCUCAAGGCACAAUCUUAAAAUUGGUCCCUGUGAUCUAUUUGGCAUUGAUCUCAAGUUCCUAAUAGAUGUUACAAGGCACAAAAUGUUCAGUUGGCCAAAUGCCACAAAAAGAAAGUAACGGCUCUAAUUUUGUUCAGUGUUCUCUUCAGGGCUCUUUUAAUUUGACUUUUCAAGAUCCGUUUGUAAAUAAAGUGAUAUUUAACACGUGCUGUGACUGAAUUGAGGUAAGUGGGCCAUGUCGUGCAUUCUUUUUUGAAAUUUUGAAAAGAAGAAAAAAAAAUACUAAGCAGUGCCAUUGUCUACUUUUGUCACAGAGAAAAAAAAUGUGUGAGUACUGCUGUCUUAAGUAUGGAGAAUCUUCUAUCGAAAUAUAUGAACGUAAAUGCGUAGGUAUGUAUAAAUGUUAACUGUAUGGCUAUACAAUGAAUGUUUGCACAGAAUCUCCAGGAGUGACAAAAAAUGUAAUUUGCGUCACUUGGGAAAAGAAAAUGUUUCCACACCAGGUGUGAUGGGAAGAAAAUACUUUUUGUUUUGAACAUUUAGUGUUGAUUGUCAGUGAGCUCCAUAUAAGCCUGAAAGAACUAUGUCAAGCUCAUUUCAGUUACAGUGGCACCUCCAAAGUCCUAGUGCCCCAUAAAGUCAUUCUAAAAAUAUUUACUGUUAAGUGGAGCUUGAAAUAAAUUUUAUUCUGGGGGAAAUGGGAAGUUCACUGUUGGACUUUGGCUGAUCCGCUGUACUGUAACUCUGUGGGAGGCCUGGGAAGAAAAUGCAGCUCCAGUCUAGGAAGUAACUUGUUCUUACUUGCUUCAUGAAUUGGAAGGUGGACUCGCCACCGCAACGACCAAGAGUGUGUGUUUCUUUUCCGUUCAGUCUGUGUGUCUUCUUGCAUUUGACUUAAUGUCUCAUGUAAACUCUUAAAAUCUGUCAAGGAAUUCAAGUGACUUUAUUUUUAAAUUUUAUAUUAUUCAGAGGAAUUCCUUUGUUUUGGUAUUCGUAAAAGAAAUGUGUUCUGCCUUGGAUCUGUUUGUUGCAAAAAAAAGAAGAAAAAGCCCGGCCAUAUUUCUGAGUUGUUUGGAUUUUGUAUGGAUGUAAAUGAAUAAAUUAUAAGCCUUG